CAUCGAUAAUAACACCAGCAAAGAAAACUAUCGACAACAGAAAACGCAUUUUGAUGGUUCAGCUGUUUAAAUUCCUGUUAAAAUCCACAAAGGCGCCCGCCCGAGCCCACUUCCGACCCAGCUUCUUGGACACUUUGCGGCUGGCAGUCCGAGGAGGACAUGGAGGAAAUGGGUUGCCCAAAUACGGAGGAGUCGGCGGUCAGGGUGGCUGCGUCUAUUUCGUGGCCAAGGAGGGGCUUACGCUGCGCAAAGUGGCCCAGGGAUUGCGGGACAAGCGUGUGGCCGCUUCCAGCGGCGAGGACAGCAGCAAGGCAAGCAUCUUUGGCCGGCGAGGAGUGGACCAGCGCAUCGAGGUACCGGUGGGAGUCCAGGUAUAUGACGAGCGAUAUAAGCUGAUUGCUGAUCUCAACGAAAACGAUGCGACCUGCAUAGUGGCAGGCGGAGGAACUGGUGGUUGCACAGGAACUAACUUUUUGGGACGUCCCGGUGAGAGCCGCACUGUGAAUUUGGACUUGAAGUUGAUAGCGGACGUAGGACUCGUCGGAUUUCCCAAUGCCGGGAAGAGCACGCUGCUUAAGGCCGUCUCCAAUGCAAAGCCCAAGAUUGCGGCUUAUCCCUUUACCACUAUCCGGCCGCAGAUUGGAACCGUGGAAUACAGCGACUUGCGCUCCAUCACAGUGGCAGAUCUUCCUGGUCUUAUCGAGGGAGCCCACGCAAACUUCGGCAUGGGCCACAAGUUUCUCAAACACAUCGAACGUACCCGUCUACUCAUCUUCAUGGUGGACAUCUUCGGCUUCCAACUGAGUCCCCGACACCCACAUCGCGAUUGCCUGGCUAACAUAUAUGCCCUGAACAAGGAGUUGGAGCUCUACGACCCAACUCUGCUGGAAAAACCCAGUGUGCUGUUGUUAAAUAAAAUGGACAAGGAUGGCGCCAGCGAGAUCUUUACGAAAAUGAAGCCGGUCAUCACUGACUUGGCUAGCGGGCUGGCGCAAUGCCCCGAGGAACUGCGGCCAAAGCAGGUACUGAAGUUCGAGAGUGUCGUACCCAUCUCGGCAAUGAACUCUACAAAGGUGACACAAGUAAAGUCGCAGUUGCGGAGGACACUAUUACGACUGGCCGAGAAGCAAUUCCUGGCAGAUGAGGAGCAAAUUAAAGAGCAGUUGCAGCAGCGCGUGGGUCUUGUGGGACCAAAAAUUACUUAGUUGAAAUACAUAACA